GAGAAGAUUAUUGAACAUACUUUGAGGAAUGUUACACCACAUUCUAAGAUUGCAUUUCAUUGCGGGCUCAACAAGAUGGCGGAUGGCUAGAAGCCAAAAAUGCCACACUUGUUAUUUGCGGCUUAGAUGCUCGGCGUUUUAGUUAUAUUUUCAUAGUACAUCGUAACAUGGAAAGGAGGAGCCUAUAGCACCUACUUCUUGGUGGAAAAUGGCAACAGAUCCUUCCCCUUUAUGUUGUUGUGAAUUUCGUAACCUUCAUGGCCAAAGAACACAUAUACUCGCCUUCUGUUGUGAGUGCGAUGAACUAGACAACGCCGUGGAUCAGUGCCUCAAAGGAAACAAAGUUUCAGGGCAAAAACUGCAUGAUAUAUCUAUGGUUAUUUCUGAUCGCAUUCGUAUUCCUUGGUUUAAUGGUGCCCUGAAAUUGGAGUUCGACUUUGUUGUUCCAAUUCUUUUUUUAGGCAUAUCACUUUACUUUGCAAGUCACAGUCUAGUCUUGACGGUGCUAGCUCUGGUCUAUGUUCCUGUCUUCAUCCUUAUUUAUUAUAUUUACGUGCUCAACCAGCGUAAAAGGACCUGGUUCUUCGUAAGUUGGAAUUUAGCAUCUCUUGUUGGUAAUUUUAUUCUAUAUCUUGCUUAUGUGGCUUCUUUCUAUUCCUACCUUCAUUCUGCAGUCCUUUCUCUUGGGUUUGGUCUUGUGUUGUUGUUAUACUUACGAGUGAUAUUGUCAAGAAGACUCUUAAAUACGUACGCUUUGAGUUCUAAGCCCCCUCCUCAAAACAGUGCAAAUCACAAUGACACGGAUUAUAAGGAUAUAAACUGCUGCUUCUGUACUGAAGGACCUUUUAUCAGGGCAAAGCAUUGUAGGAUUUGUGGUUACUGUGUUCCAAGAUCUGACCAUCAUUGUGUUUGGACAAACUGUUGUAUUGGACAGCACAAUCAUCAUUCCUUCCUUGCUGCUAUAAUUACUUUUGUGGUUACUGGACUAUGGGGAGUCUAUCUAUCUUUUUUCACUAUCUGCACAUCUAAAGACAACAGCAUUUUCCAUGUGGAUUGUUCAGAUGUCUAUGCUAAUUCUCGGUCUUCUGUUGUGUUUGUUGCAUGUUGGUACACAAUCAUCUUCUCGUUAGGCAUGUGUGGGCUUCUGUUACAACAGUUUGUAUUUAUUAGCCUGAAUUUGACUGGUGAUGAGUUCAGAAGGUCUUCUAAGAGGAAGUCAUUUUGUGAAGUGAUAAGGACACAUAACCAUAACAAAGGAUUUAUUAGGAACUGGAUUCAAUUUUUAUGUCCUCAAGAUAUUGUCUCCAUUUCUGGAGAAGUAGUUUAGAAUUGUGUGGCUAGUUAUAAAAUCUUAAGUGUUUUAAACUAGCAGCAGUGAAAAAAGGAAUAGCUGAUCUGCUUAUGGACCUUUUCAUUCUUCAAAAGGAGGAGCAGAAAUAAGAGGCAAGGGCAAGGAUAUUAAAAGAAAAAAAAAAGAAAGAAAGAAACAGUUGUGGACAAACCAAAAUAAUGGCUAUGAAAUGAACCUAGUUUCUUACUCAUUCAAUUCAUGGAAAGUAUUUUCUGCUUUGAAGGUUAUUGAUUAUUGGAUAAAUCAAUUAUAAGUUAUUGCCUGUUAUUAAAUAUUGACUCUGAUUAUAAGAA